UGUUUGGUUUUUAGUACCUUUUCUCUAUGUUUCAAAAGAGCUUUGUUUACAUCCUGCUUUUCUGUGAAAUCUCACAGGGUGACUUUCUGCUUUGGUUCAUACACACGUGCUCAGCCGUCACAGGAGUGGAAUCUGGUGUAGUACUUGCUUGUAGAGCAGGGCUGUAGGCUCUUCCAUUCAUUGCAGGCUUUUUUUUUUUAUAAGGGAAAGAUUGAUUUUGUAUUACUUUUCUAAAUUUUGAAUUUUUAAAGAUGCAAAGGCCCUUAAAAGGGAAAGAUGUGGGGACUUUUGUGUGUGUGUGUGAGAGAUUCGUUUUAAUUUUUAUUCCAGAUCAAGGCAAGUAUACAUGGGAACAGCUGCCCAACCAGACCCUCACAACUCUGAAAAAGCAAAUAUUAUCAUGAUAUGAGUAGGGUACUUUGUAUGUUUUUUACAUUCAUAAGAAUAUAUUUAUAGCCUUCAGGAUAUAUUAUUUAUAUAUAUAUAUUCAUAGCUUUUCACAUUCUUUCCCUUCCUUGUUUUCUCAUCAGUGUCAUUAUGCAAAAGUUCUAUAAAUUCCAUACUUUUAUUCCAUACGUUCCUGUCCUGUAGUUCCUUUAACUUUAAACCUUUUGAGCAACUUUAAAACAAAACUUACUGAGAGAUAUUUAGAGUUCAUUGCUUUAGUACUCCACCAACUGUAUUUUUGAUGAAUUCGUCUGAAUCUCAGGAAGGGACACCACGAAGCAGGUGUAGACAGUAGGCUUGUUAAAGUGCAAGUCAAAAGUGAAUUCUGUUUGUUUUUUUUUUUAAUGUUGUGUUUUUGGUGAAGGUUUAUACAGCAGUUUAGGUUCCCAUUCAACAGUUUCUACACAAAUUGUUCAGUGACGUUGGUUACAUUCUUUACAACGUGUGAACGUUCUCAUUUCCCUUCUGGUUGCUCCCUUUCUGUUGAUACAGUUUCCUUGCCCCCUUACCUUCUCAUCUUUGUUUUAAAGGCCCACAGUACUUACAGGUGAUAUUCGUUAUUUGUGAGCUAGUCUGUUACUUAGCUGUAAAGGAGGGACCUUAGGGGUUAGUUUCUGCUCAAGGUUUGAAGAGUAUCUCAGGGUAAUAGUCUUGGGGAGUCCUCUAGCCGCAACCAGUCUGGUAAGUCUGGAAGUCUGGUGUUUUUUUUUAUUUUCUCUCCUUAAGGAAUUUGAGGUUCUGUUCCAUAUUUUUCUCCUGUCCUGUCAGGAGCCAUCUAUUGCGGUCCUGAUUAGUACAGUCGGUGGUAGUAGACGGGCACCAUCUAGUUUUUAUGGUCUCAGGGUAGAUGAGGCCAUAGUUUGUGUAGUCUGUUUGUCUGGUAGACUAAUUACUUCAUUGACUUUUAAGACCCCAGACACUACUCACCAAACUAGGAUGUAAAGCAUAACUUUGUGAACUGUAUUAUGCCAAUUGACCAAGAUGUUCUGCAAGACCAUGGUCUUUAAUCCUUCACACCCGGAAAACCAAUACUGUGAGGUGUUUGGAUAUGUCUAAGAGGCAUCUGUAACUGUGUGCUUUGUUAUAUACAUGAAUAUGAAUAUAUGAAUGAAUUCCAUUUUAAAUAUGAAGAAGAACAGGGCCCUGCUAUUCUUACCCCUUCUGGCCUCUAAUACCUUCUCACCAGCUUGCCUUUAUUUGGGGACACAAAUUUAGUUGUGUGCAGUCUAGAACUGCCAAAAUACUGUAAAUUUAAGGAGCAUAGGAGGGAGAGUAUAAGCCUAAUCCACUUACAAAUGUCCCGUUAUAUACAGAAUGCUUUCUGUACCAAGAGUAAGUUCUUAAAUAUCGAGACCAGGUGUUCUCUGGUUAUGACUCCGGCAGCCGAGGUCUGGUGGAGCAUUUAUUCAGGUGCUCUCUUGGUCUCUGCCUCUCACCUCCUAUAACCUUUCCUUGUUGCCUGAUUGUUGGGACUCAGUGUCCUUAUUUAUAUACAAGGAUUAUAAGAUUUUUUUGAGGAAAUGGUCAAUAAGUGAGAAUCAUAAUCUUUUGGCCGUUAUGCCAGUAAACCAGUCUAAUCCCUGCCUUGAGAUAUUGGAAAUCUGCUAAUUAGUUGAAUCACGUAAUUGUUGAAAAGUUCUUUUUCUGUGAAUGAAUGUAUAUUUAAAUUACCUUGUUUCUUCUUUGCAUACUUGUUUUUUUUAAUAUGCCUUUGCUUCCUUUAAUAUUUAAAAAAAAUGACAAAUUCUCAAGCAGUUAGGAAACCUGAAAUAGUGCAGUGACACCCUUAUUUUUGAAAACCAAUUAGAGUUAAUCAUUUGGCACAAAGUUUAGGGUUUUUAAUUAUGCUAGUAAUUUGGACUUUAGAUGUUUUAUUCCUCGUGAUUGAAUUUUGGGUUUUUAAAAUCGAUAAAUUUAGUAUUUGUUGUGUGCUAGAACUGAAGUCUCUCAUUAUACAUGUUCUUAAUUUUGUUUCUUUGAAAAAUCAUUUUAUAUUUUCUGAAUAAUCUCUUUCUGUAUUUAUGAUAGCAAAACACCAGAAGUCAAAUAGCAAGCCUGUUUCAACAUAUUUUUUUAACAUGCAAAAUGACAUUUUGGUAAAUAUUAUGUUAAGAGGAAAAUUGUCCUUUUUUAGAAAUACACCUUUAUAAAGGUCUUCUACUUUAAAUCCAUGAAUUUUGGGGGCUUUAAUAUAAACGCAGAAAUUAAGAAUCAGUAGUUAUUCCUUUGAUUUUCUAUAAUUAGUUAUCUUUUCUGAAAUUGGAACGAAGAUAUAUAAAAGAUUUUUCUCAAACAUGUUCGGACUUUUUAUUUUAAAAAUCAAAGAUUUAUUCAAACUUCCUUGUACUACUGUUUUUGCUUUGGCCUUUGUUGACUUGGCUUUAUUUAUUUGACUUCUUGAUUGCUCAAUGUUUAGUCUGUGUUUUCUGGGUUUUGUAUGUAAAUAGAGGAGUGUUUGCCACACUCUGAAAUUAAUAUAUAAGUAUGGCAGCAUGUUCAUGAAAGGUUGUACUGAUAAUGGGAAAUGCAUUUAUUAUAAUGUGAAGUCUGAAAGAGAAGUAAACAGAAUUGUACAUUCCUAAGGAAAAGACUAGAAGGAAAGACAAACACCAAGCUGUUAAUUUAGCAGAGGAAGCUUCUGGACAGUGAAAUCAUGGACUUUUUCUUCUGCAUUCUAAAUUUACCACAAUGAUCAUCUGUAACUUCUUUAAUUAAAGGGGGGAAAUGUUGACAGUCAUGAUGUAGGCGCUGCUGUCAGCUAGGAAAGUUUGAGAAGGAAGCAAUAGGCGAUUGUAUGGUGGCUGCCAUCCUCUGUACCGUUUCCUGCCUCUGGGAACUCCAGAUCCUCCCCCAGAAGCUCUGCAUCCCCAGGGCUGGCUGGUCUUUCUGCACUCCUCUGGGGUAGCAGUCCUGUUUGCUCCUUCCUAGGCGGCAGGGCCCGGAACCUUAGAAGGAUGUCUUUCUUUGCUUCGUUAUAGGGUAGAACUGUUCCAUAGGGUCCUCAAGGCUGUGACCUUUGGAAGCAGAUGACCAGGCUGUCUUCUGCGGCGCCUCUGGGUUUGAACCGUCAGCCUUUAGGCGUCAAUUAGCAAGGUCAAAGUAACAGAAUCAUGGAUCAGUUUCCAACGCGUUUUGGUGGCAACCUGGAUAUCUGGGCCAUUACUGUAGAGGAAAGAGCGAAGCAUGAUCAGCAGUUCCACAGUUUAAAACCAACCUCCGGAUUUAUUACUGGUGAUCAAGCUAGAAACUUUUUUUUUCAAUCUGGGUUACCUCAACCUGUCUUAGCACAGAUAUGGGCGCUAGCUGACAUGAAUAACGAUGGAAGAAUGGAUCAAGUGGAGUUCUCCAUAGCUAUGAAGCUUAUCAAACUGAAGCUGCAAGGCUAUCAGCUCCCCUCUGCGCUUCCCUCUGUCAUGAAGCAGCAGCCUGUCACUAUUUCUAGUGCACCAGUGUUCCGAUUCGGAGGUAUCGCCAGCACGCCACCCCUUACGGCUGUUGCUCCAGUGCCAAUGGGAUCCAUUCCAGUUGUGGGAAUGUCUCCACCCCUAGUAUCUUCUGUCCCUCCAGCAGCAGUGCCUCCCCUGGCUAACGGGGCCCCGCCUGUUGUACAGCCUCUGCCUGCAUUUGCUCACGCUGCAGCCACAUUGCCAAAGAGUUCUUCCUUUAGUAGAUCUGGUCCAGGGACACAGUUAAACACUAAAUUACAGAAGGCGCAGUCAUUUGACGUGGCUAGUGCCCCUCCAGUGGCAGAAUGGGCCGUCCCUCAGUCAUCAAGACUGAAAUACAGGCAGUUAUUCAACAGUCACGACAAAACCAUGAGUGGACACUUAACAGGUCCCCAAGCAAGAACUAUUCUUAUGCAAUCAAGUUUACCACAGACUCAGCUGGCUUCCAUAUGGAAUCUUUCCGACAUAGAUCAAGAUGGAAAACUCACAGCAGAAGAAUUUAUCCUGGCUAUGCACCUCAUUGACGUGGCUAUGUCUGGCCAGCCGCUGCCACCCGUUUUGCCUCCAGAAUAUAUCCCACCUUCCUUUAGAAGAGCUCGAUCUGGCAGUGGCAUAUCGGCCGUCAGCUCGUCCUCUGUAGACCAGCGGCUACUGGAGGAGCCAGUGUUAGAGGACGAACAGCAGCAACUAGAAAAGAAGUUACCUGUAACAUUUGAAGAUAAGAAGCGUGAGAAUUUUGAACGUGGCAACCUGGAACUGGAGAAGCGCAGGCAAGCCCUCUUGGAACAGCAGCGCAAAGAGCAGGAGCGCUUGGCGCAGCUAGAGCGGGCAGAACAGGAAAGGAAGGAGCGGGAGCGCCAGGAACAGGAGCGCAAAAGACAACUGGAGUUGGAGAAGCAACUGGAGAAGCAGCGGGAGCUGGAACGUCAGAGAGAGGAGGAGAGGAGGAAAGAAAUCGAGAGACGGGAGGCUGCGAAACGCGAACUUGAAAGGCAGCGACAACUUGAGUGGGAGCGUAACCGACGGCAAGAACUACUGAAUCAAAGAAACAGAGAGCAAGAGGACAUAGUUGUCCUGAAAGCAAAGAAGAAGACUUUGGAAUUUGAAUUGGAAGCUCUAAAUGAUAAAAAACAUCAACUCGAAGGCAAACUUCAAGACAUCAGAUGUCGGUUGACCACCCAAAGGCAAGACAUUGAGAGCACAAACAAAUCCAGAGAGCUGAGGAUUGCUGAAAUUACGCACCUGCAGCAGCAGUUACAGGAAUCUCAGCAAAUGCUUGGAAGACUUAUUCCGGAAAAACAGAUACUCAAUGACCAACUAAAGCAAGUUCAGCAGAACAGUUUGCAUAGAGAUUCACUUCUUACAGUCAAAAGAGCUUUAGAAGCAAAAGAACUAGCUCGGCAGCAGCUGCGAGACCAGCUGGAUGAGGUUGAGAAAGAAACCAGAGCGAAGCUACAGGAGAUUGAUAUUUUCAACAAUCAGCUGAAGGAACUAAGAGAAAUACAUAAUAAACAACAGCUGCAGAAGCAAAAGUCUGUAGAGGCCGAACGCCUGAAGCAGAAAGAACAAGAGCGAAAGAUCCUAGAAUUAGAAAAACAAAAAGAGGAAGCCCAAAGACGAGCCCAGGAGAGGGACAAGCAGUGGCUUGAGCACGUGCAGCUAGAGGACGAGCACCAGCGGCCGAGGAAACUCCACGAUGAAGAGAGACCGAAAAGGGACGAAAGCGUCAAAAAGAAGGACAGUGAGGAGAAAGGCAUGCAGGACAAGCUGAGUCGGCUGUUCCAUCAGCAGCCAGAGCCAGCUAAGCCAGCUGUUCAAGCACCCUGGUCCACCGCAGAAAAAGUUCCACUCACAAUUUCCACCCAGGAGAAUGUAAAGGUGGUGUAUUACCGAGCCUUGUACCCCUUUGAGUCCAGAAGUCAUGAUGAGAUCACCAUUCAGCCGGGGGAUAUAGUCAUGGUGGAUGAGAGCCAAACUGGAGAGCCCGGAUGGCUUGGAGGAGAAUUAAAAGGGAAGACAGGAUGGUUCCCUGCAAACUAUGCAGAGAAAAUCUCGGAAAAUGAGGUUCCUGCCCCAGUCAAAACAGUGACUGACCCGACGUCCGCCCCUGCACCCAAACUGGCUUUGCGAGAGACCCCCGCUCCCUUGGCAGUGCCCUCCUCAGAGCCCUCCACGACCCCCAACAACUGGGCCGACUUCAGCUCCACGUGGCCCACCAGCACGAGCGAGAAACCAGAAACGGAUAACUGGGACGCGUGGGCGGCCCAGCCCUCCCUCACUGUCCCCAGCGCUGGCCAGUUAAGGCAGAGGUCAGCCUUUACUCCAGCCACAGCCACGGGCUCCUCUCCGUCGCCUGUGUUAGGCCAGGGAGAAAAGGUGGAGGGGCUACAAGCGCAGGCCCUGUAUCCUUGGAGAGCCAAAAAAGACAACCAUUUAAAUUUUAACAAGAAUGACGUCAUCGCCGUCCUGGAGCAGCAGGACAUGUGGUGGUUUGGAGAAGUCCAAGGCCAGAAGGGCUGGUUCCCCAAGUCCUAUGUGAAGCUUGUUUCGGGGCCCACCAGGAAAUCAACGAGCGUGGAGCCCGGCUCUUCAGAAAGUCCUGGGAGUCUGAAGAGAGUAGCUUCCCCAGCAGCCAAACCGGCCGCUUCAGGAGAAGAAUUUAUUGCCAUGUACACUUACGAGAGUUCUGAGCAAGGAGAUUUGACCUUUCAGCAAGGGGAUGUGCUUUUGGUUACCAAGAAAGACGGUGACUGGUGGACAGGAACAGUGGGCGACAGAUCCGGAGUCUUCCCUUCUAACUAUGUGAGGCUGAAAGACUCAGAGGGCUCUGGAACCGCUGGGAAAACAGGGAGUUUAGGAAAGAAACCUGAAAUUGCCCAGGUCAUUGCCUCGUACACUGCUACCGGCCCUGAGCAGCUCACCCUGGCCCCUGGUCAGCUGAUUUUGAUCCGAAAAAAGAAUCCAGGAGGAUGGUGGGAAGGAGAGCUGCAGGCACGUGGGAAAAAGCGCCAGAUAGGCUGGUUCCCAGCUAAUUAUGUCAAACUUUUAAGCCCUGGGACGAGCAAAAUCACCCCAACAGAGCCACCGAAGUCCACGGCCCUAACUGCAGUGUGCCAGGUGAUCGGGAUGUAUGACUAUACGGCGCAGAACGAUGACGAGCUGGCCUUCAGCAAGGGCCAGAUCAUCAAUGUCCUCAACAAGGAAGACCCCGACUGGUGGAAAGGAGAAGUCAGCGGACAAGUGGGGCUCUUCCCGUCCAAUUAUGUGAAGCUGACCACAGACAUGGACCCCAGCCAGCAAUGAAUCAUAUGUUGCCCAUCCCCCACUCAGGCUUGAAAGUCCUCAAAGAGACCCACUAUCCCAUAUCACUGCCCAGAGGGAUGAUGGGAGAUGCAGCCUUGAUCAUGUGACCUCCAGCAUGAUCACCCACUGCCUUCUGAGUACAAGAACCCGCUGCACAGCACUUUACCUCAUUUCCUUAGCUGCAUGUGAUCGCAAUGUUUGAGUUACUUGCAGAGACAGAAGUGAAACUUGCAAAAACACACAGGGUAGUGGGUCCUUUUGUGGCUUUCCUCACAACUCAAAUUGACUUCCCCCCACCUUUGCACAGGGGCUUUCAAUAGUUUGGAGAUUCUUUUUAAAUCUAUAUUUUAGCCUUUUAAUAAAAAAAAAAAGAAAAAUCGCUUCUUUGCUAUUUUGGUUUUGCAAAAAGACCCACUAUCAAGGAAUGCUGCAUGUGCUGUUAAAAAUGUUCCCAAUGUCCAUAAAUCUGAGACUUGCUGUAACUUUUCAUUUUGUCCAGUGUUACCAACUAAGUUGUGUAGUUUGGGCUCCCCCCCAUAGAAGCGCAGAGGAGUUCAGUGUGUCUGUUUUAAAGAUGUGUAGAAUGAGCCCGAUUAAACAGAAGGUGUUUUGUGCGUGUUUGUGUAUCAGAUGUACCACACUGAGCAUGUGACACAUCCUGCAGCUAAGAAAUCAGUCCUCCCCGUCACAGAAGCCACACCCCGUAGGAUGCUCUGAUCAUACUGCAUUCAUUUUAUUUUGCACAGUGACCUUGUAGCCACAUGAGAAAGCACCUGUGUUUUUGUUUCGUCUCAGAUUUAUCUGGUUGAGUUGGUAUUUUCUGUUUUGGGUUUUAAAUUUUGUGUGUUUUCAUACCAUGGAUCAGUUAAGAUCAACAACACCGGCAAGCUCUCCUCAGUCUCUGUUACAUGACGUUGUAUUCCCGUAACUUAUCGUGGAAUGACAUAUUUUGAAUAAGUAAUUUUCUUGACAAGAAAGAAUGUAUAGAAAUCUCCCUGCAAUUAAUUUCCAAUGUUUACAUUUUUUAACUAGACUGUGGAAUUUCUACAGAUUAAUAUUAAAUGGCGCUCAUGGUCCGUUCGUGUAUUAGAUGUGCUGUAGCCGAAGCCGUGUUUGUCUUUCAAACAUCAGUUUCAAGCUUUCAAGCUCUCAGUAAAAUGCCUGUUGCAGACAGCACAGCAUAUGGGGGCUGGGGAGCCUCAGGCACAGCCUAGCUGUCCGGCUAAUAUCUCUGAACAUGGCGUCACUGGUGUUUGCACCCCUCUGUCCUGAGUCUGUGCCGGCAGUGCUGGGGAGGCCCCCCAUGUUCACGUGGUACAGUGAGGAUGGCACCCCCUUGUCCCGUUGCGCUUCAGUGUUUUAAUGGAUGUGAAUGUAAAAUAUAUAAAUAUCUAAACCUGCGGCUUUAACAACUGUAAUACAACCUUUUGAAUUAGUUACGUGUAUAGAUAAUUAAAUUCUUCAUAUAAAAGU